AUGGCCGAAACAAUCCGGCAAUAUUGUAUACAGCUGGCCGAAGCUGAGGAGGAAGGGGAUUUUGAUAAAAUCCUUGAAAUAACCGAUACCCGUGGGUUUCUUCUUGAGUUUUUUUGUUGUUUAUGAUGUUUAGGAAAUGUGGAAGGGUUAUAGAGAAGUCUUGCCUACGUUUGGAGUUGUUCCACAUCGAUUCUUACCCAUUUCUUUUCAGUAUUGGAGUCCGAUCUUGAGCAAGCCAAAUCUCUUCCUCUUCUUCAAUGUAAAUUGACAGCUCUGCUCCAGACAGGACAAUUGGACGAAGCUCUCAAGUUUAUCAACCGUCACGGCGAGGAAAAGUUGGGGUAGGUUGAUUUUCUGGCCGAUUUUAUAUUAUACUUGCCUAGUAUAAUAUAAUUUUGAUACUAUUCCCGUAGUUUAUUUGAGAUUUCGCUAUUGAUUUGGAGUAUCUUUUAGAGACACCGUUGCCGCUCGUGCCUACAUCUAUUAUCGUCAAAACAAGAACGAUGAAGCCUUCAAAACCUUGGAGGACGCGGAUCCGGAAGAUCUGGCUGCUCUCGAGUUGAAAGGCCAGUUAUAUUAUCGGGUGGAGAAGUAUCCAGAGGCUUAUGAGAUUUACAAGUGAGUUUUUGUUGUUUUUUUCUUUUCUGCCUUUAGGUUUCGCUGCUUGAAGAUUCAAUAUGGCUAGUAUAAUAUAAAUUGACGGCAAGGUCCGAUAAAUUUGGGUAUCUCAACGAUUUUUUGCGUUGAUUACCUUGGUUUGGAUAUUAUACAGCUGAUAGAGCAAUAAAAUUUGAGAGUUUUAAAGCAGAAAUAUGGUUUUCGACCUUAUAUUAUCCAUCCUCCUUCAGAAAGCUUUGUCGGGAAGUUGGCGAUGACUACGACGAUCUUCGUCGAGCCAACAUGCUUGCUGUCCUAGCCCAAGCCCAAUGGAGUGGUCAGAAGAAAACUGAGCCCUCCACGUCGGGCGCCGACACCUACGAACAGCUCUAUAAUCUGGCCUGUCAUCAAGCUGCUUGUGAGAAGUUCGACGAUGCUCGAAAGACGUUGGACAAGGCUAUAAAACAAUGUCGUGAGCAAAUGACUGAAGAGGGAUCUACUGCGGGCGAGAUUGACGAUGAAGUGGCGGUGUUUUUGGUUCAAAAAGCCUAUAUUCUCCAUGCCACGGGUAAUGUGGCCGAAGCAAUCGACUUGUACAAGCAGGUUCAGGACUUGAAGUAAGAGUUUUUGGGGAUAAUGUGAGAGAAUUGGUCCUGUAGUAUCUAUCCAUUACAAAUUUGAGGGAUUUUUAUAAAAAAAUUUGUUAUUUUUGAGCUUCUUUUUUGCAAGGCGUCAACUUUUUUGAUGUUGUCUCUUAAAAACCCCCGUUUUUGUUCGAUUCUGGCAGAAUUAUGAGGUAUUUUGCUUUCAGACCAUCAGAUUCGAAUGUCCGCAAGGUUUUGGCCGCAAAUUUGGCCCCGUUCAAGAACAAAUAUUUGCUCAGGAGAGCUCUGAAGAAAGAAGGCAUCGAUAAGGUCGAACAUCAGGUAAGAAACCUCCAAAAUUUCCUUUUUUUCUUCGAAUCAGGUAUUUGAAUCAAUUUUAAAAGUUGGCCGGGUCUUUUACCUAUAAUUUGAAUCGCAAUUCACCCCUCAAUUCCAGGAAAUUGUCACCGGGAAGCUCCGAAAACGCAAGAGAAAGGUCAAAUUGCCCAAAAAUUAUGAUCCCAAUGCCACACCGGACCCGGAAAGAUGGAUCCCGAAGACCGAGAGGUCCACGUUCAAGUCCAAGAAGGUCCACAAAAAGUUCAAGGACCGUGAUGUGGGCAGAGGAACUCAGGGAGCCUCGAAUGUCAACACCGCCAAUAUGUAAGAUUUUUGAUUUUUUUUUUGUUGAAUUUUAGGUACAAAAAAGAGGUAGAACUUUGACCCAAAGCUUCCAAAGACUCUAUUUCACGUUUUGAGACAAAAUUCUGCCAUUUUGAUACAUUUUUUCCCAAGUAUAAGAUCAAAACUAUAUUAUCCAUGAGGACAAAAAAUUUGAUUCCGUAUUUUACCAACAUAUUUUUAGCGAUUACACGACUGGUGGUCCCAAAGAGUCUCCGAAGCCUUCGCCAUCACCGGCCCAGCCCGGACCUCGGAAACAACAGAAGGGAAAAAAGAAGAAGCGUUAA